AUGGAACCUUUUUUGAACUUGGUAUCAGAUGACCGGCGUCAGCUACUGUCAGAUGGAUCUUUGUUAAUUAACAGUGUGGUGCAUUCCAAACACAAUAAGCCUGAUGAAGGAUAUUAUCAAUGUGUGGCUACUGUGGAAAGGUCUUGGAACCAUUGUAAGCAGAACAGCCAAACUCACAGUUGCAGGUGUGAACUAUUUGUUACCACCAGAGUCCUCUUUGCACUGCCUCAGAAUGAAAUGAAGGUGACUCUCUCUCUGCAUAAAGGAGUCCAUGCAAUGGCCACCAGCCAAGCUGGAACCUUUGCUCAGUUUCAAGAGGCUCAUCAUCAGAAGGUCUUGCGAGGUUUGCCCAGUCAGCCAGAAUCCUCAUCAGUCUAUGCUGGAAACAGUGCAGUACUCAACUGCGAAGUCAAUGCUGAUCUGGUUCCGUUUGUGAGGUGGGAACAGGACCGACAGCCUCUUGUUUUGGACAACAGAGUCAUCAAACUCCCAAGUGGAGCUCUGGUUAUCAGUGAUGUGACUGAAGGGGAUGGAGGGCUUUAUCGAUGCAUAAUUGAAAGUGGUGGACCGCCUAAAUACAGUGAGGAGGCUGAACUGAAAGUUCUUCCAGAUCCUGAGAUUCCAUCCAACUUGGUAUUUUUGAGCCAGCCUUCUCCACUAAUCAAAGUUAUUGGGCAAAGUGCAGUCUUACCGUGUGUUGCUUCAGGAGUACCUAUACCUAUCAUUAGAUGGACAAGAAAUGAGGAGGUCCUUAACCCAGAAAGCUCUGAAAGAUUGAUGCUGCUGGCAGGAAGUAACCUGGAAAUCAGUGAUCUCACUGAAGAAGAUGCUGGGACCUACGCCUGCAUAGCUGACAAUGGGAAUGAGACAAUAGAGGCUCAAGCAGAGCUCACAGUUCAAGCCUCACCCGAAUUCCUGAAGAAGCCUGCUAAUAUAUAUGCACAUGAAUCCAUGGAUAUUGUGUUUGAAUGUGAAGUGACUGGGAAACCCACACCAACUGUAAAAUGGGUCAAGAAUGGUGACAUGGUUAUCCCCAGUGAUUACUUUAAGAUUGUAAAAGAACAUAACCUUCAGGUUUUGGGUCUGGUGAAAUCAGAUGAAGGAUUUUAUCAGUGCAUUGCGGAGAAUGAUGUUGGAAAUUCACAGUCUGGAGCCCAGCUAAUAAUCCUUGAUCAUGAUGUUGCCAUCCCAACAUUACCUCCCACUUCACUGACCAGUGCCACUACUGACCAUCUAGCACCAGCCACAACUGGACCACUACCUUCAGCACCGAGGGAUGUCGUGGCCUCACUCGUUUCUACUCGCUUCAUCAAACUGACUUGGCGAACACCAGCAUCAGAUCCUCACGGGGACAACCUCACCUACUCUGUGUUCUACACCAAGGAAGGGAUUAAUCGUGAACGGAUUGAAAAUACCAGCCAUCCAGGGGAAAUGCAAGUAACCAUUCAAAACCUGAUGCCAGAGACAGUGUAUAUCUUCAGAGUUGUGGCACAUAAUAGACAUGGCUCCGGAGAGCGGUCACUUCCUCUGCGAGUAGAGACUCAGCCUGAGGUUCAGCUCCCGGGCCCAGCACCGAACAUCCGCGCAUAUGCUAGUUCACCUACCUCAAUCACUGUCACAUGGGAAACACCUUUGUCUGGCAAUGGGGAAAUUCAGAAUUACAAGUUGUACUACAUGGAAAAGGGGGCAGACAAUGAGCAGGAUGUUGAUGUUGGAAGUCGCUCCUACACCAUUAAUGGAUUGAAAAAAUACACAGAGUAUAGUUUCCGAGUAGUAGCCUAUAAUAAACAUGGUCCUGGUGUCUCCACACAAGACGUUGUUGUUCGAACAUUAUCAGAUGUCCCCAGUGCCGCUCCUCAGAACCUGUCCUUAGAAGUGAGAAAUUCCAAGAGUAUUGUGAUUCACUGGCAGCCCCCUCCAGCAGGCACGCAAAACGGGCAAAUUACUGGCUACAAGAUCCGCUAUCGAAAAUCCACUCGCAAGAGUGAUGUCAUAGAGAGUGUUGGAGGAACACAGCUGUUCCAGUUAAUUGAGGGUCUUGAUCGAGGUACUGAGUACAACUUCCGAGUGGCUGCACUUACAGUCAAUGGUACGGGACCAGCUACUGAUUGGAUGUCUGCAGAAACGUUUGAAAGUGACCUAGAUGAAACUCGUGUUCCUGAAGUGCCCAGUUCUCUCCAUGUCCGCCCACUCAUUACUAGUAUUGUAGUCAGCUGGACUCCUCCAGAAAACCAGAACAUUGUGGUCCGAGGCUAUGCCAUUGGCUAUGGCCUUGGCAGCCCUCAUGCUCAGACUAUCAAAGUGGACUACAAACAGCGCUACUAUACUAUUGAGAACCUAGAUCCAAGCUCCCACUAUGUAAUCACCCUGAAAGCAUUUAAUAAUGUGGGUGAAGGCAUUCCACUCUAUGAGAGUGCAGUCACCAGACCUCAUUCAGAUACUUCUGAGGUUGAUUUAUUUGUUGUUAAUGCUCCAUACACUCCAGUGCCAGAUCCCACCCCUAUGAUGCCACCGGUGGGAGUUCAGGCUUCCAUCCUGAGCCAUGAUACCAUAAGGAUUACGUGGGCGGACAACUCCCUGCCAAAACACCAGAAGAUCACAGACUCGCGGUACUACACAGUCCGAUGGAAAACCAAUAUCCCUGCUAACACCAAGUAUAAGACUGCAAAUGCAACGACUUUGAGUUAUUUAGUAACUGGUCUAAAACCCAACACCCUCUAUGAAUUCUCUGUGAUGGUGACUAAAGGUCGGAGAUCAAGCACAUGGAGUAUGACCGCCCAUGGGACCACCUUCGAACUCGUUCCUACUUCUCCACCCAAAGAUGUGACAGUAGUGAGUAAAGAGGGAAAACCUAGGACCAUAAUCGUGAACUGGCAGCCUCCUUCAGAAGCUAACGGCAAAGUCACAGGAUACAUCAUUUACUACAGUACAGAUGUGAAUGCAGAGAUUCACGACUGGGUUAUUGAACCUGUGGUGGGAAACAGACUGACUCAUCAGAUCCAGGAGUUAACGCUUGAUACGCCAUACUACUUCAAGAUCCAAGCCCGCAACUCCAAGGGCAUGGGGCCAAUGUCUGAGGCAGUCCAGUUCCGAACACCUAAAGCGGACUCUUCUGACAAAAUGCCUAAUGACCAAGCAUCAGGGUCUUCAGGAAAAGGAAGCAGGCCGCCUGACACAGGAUCCGAUUACAAGCCUCCGAUGAGCGGUAGUAACAGUCCUCAUGGGAGUCCCACCUCCCCUCUAGACAGUAACAUGCUCUUGGUCAUCAUAGUCUCCAUUGGUGUCCUCACCAUUGUGGUGGUGGUGAUCAUUGCUGUGUUCUGCACUCGUCGCACUACCUCGCACCAGAAAAAGAAACGUGCUGCCUGCAAAUCUGUGAAUGGCUCACAUAAAUACAAAGGAAAUUCCAAAGAUGUCAAACCUCCUGACCUUUGGAUCCAUCAUGAGAGGCUGGAGUUAAAGCCUAUUGAUAAGUCUCCAGACCCAAACCCAAUCAUGACUGAUACCCCAAUCCCACGAAACUCCCAAGACAUUACCCCUGUUGAUAAUUCCAUGGACAGCAAUAUCCAUCAAAGGCGGAAUUCAUAUAGAGGGCAUGAAUCAGAGGAUAGUAUGUCUACAUUGGCUGGAAGGCGGGGAAUGAGACCAAAAAUGAUGAUGCCUUUUGACUCUCAGCCACCCCAGCCUGUGAUUAGUGCCCAUCCCAUCCAUUCCCUCGAUAACCCUCACCAUCAUUUCCACUCCAGCAGCCUCGCCUCUCCGACCCGCAGCCAUCUCCACCUGCAGGGCAGCCCAUGGCCCAUGGGCACAUCCUUGUCCCAUUCAGACAGGGCUAAUUCUACAGAAUCAGUUCGGAAUACCCCCAGCACGGACACCUUGCCAGCUUCCUCAUCUCAGACGUGCUGCACUGACCAUCCGGAUCCAGAGGGGGCCACCAGCUCUUCCUACUUGGCCAGUGCCCAGGAGGAAGGGUCCGGCCCAAACCUUCCUACGGCCCACGUCCGUCCCUCUCACCCGCUGAAGAGCUUCGCUGUGCCGGCGGUUCCACCGCCAGGGCCCCCCACCUAUGACCCUGCCUUACCAAGCACACCAUUACUGUCCCAGCAAGCUCCUAACCAUCACCUUCACUCUGUGAAGACGGCGUCGAUCGGGACAUUGGGGAGAAGCCGGCCUCCAAUGCCCGUCAUCGUUCCCAGUGCCCCUGACGUGCAGGAGACCACCAGGAUGCUGGACGACUCAGAGAGUAGCUAUGAGCCGGAUGAGCUGACCAAAGAGAUGGCCCACCUGGAAGGACUAAUGAAGGACCUUAAUGCCAUCACAACAGCAUGACCACCUUCAGCGAAAUAUGGCUCCAAACCCCACCCCCUGAGUCUUGGGACUUGGCCUUGGAAGCCAAGGCAUUGUACAGAGUGAGAGGACAGCACGCAGGAGCGCGGGGCUCCAGGAUGACCGACCACCUGCGCCGCCACGUGGUCACCGGUGUGGACGAAGCCGUGGCCGUGGCCGGGGCCGAUCCAGGCCCUCCGCCUCUGACGCCGCACCAUCCUGGCUGAGGCCAUGAGUGCCGUCUGCGGUAAGAUUCCUGCCAGGUUUCAUCUCGGUGCUGCGACCGCACCACCUUUAUUGAGUGUUGGACAUUGGCAUUUGUGUACAAUUUUAUUUGUUUCUUAUUUUAUUUUAUCUUUUUUAAAGGGAAAACCUUUUAUGUAAUCCAAAAAAGAAAGAAAAAUUGGAGUGUUGUUUUCCACAGCCUGGCCUGACAUUUGACUGCUUGUUUCUCUUGUGUAUGGAAAAUCAUUGACAGUGUGGCUUGUUCUAGGGGUUCUGAGUUUGUUUUUUAUUCUGGGUAACAUGUCCUCUGCCAACAGUCGGUCCAUCACUUGGGAGGGAGGGGGGCCAGUGGGAGGGAUGUUGCAUUGCUAUUUGUAAGCUUUUUUAUUAUUAUUAUUUUUUUAUUAUAAUUAUUAAAGGCCUGACUUUCUCCUCUCAUCACUGUGAGAUUACAGAUCUAUUUGAAUGAAAUGUAACACUGAAAGGUUUGUUUGUCACUUUUUGUGCAGUUUCAGUAUUGGGGGAGGAUGGGGUAGGACAGGGUGGGAUGGGGGGUUGUGGGAAGAAGAUGUGGAAUGGAAGGGCCCAUGGGAGGUCCCAUUAUUAUUUCAGUGUUUGUCAUCUCUUCUAGGAUCCUGUAGAUUUUGGAAGCGUUUUUCUUAAUUUCCUUCCUUGUCACAUCACAGCCUCUAUUAUUCCUAAUUUGCAGUCAGUUUUGUUUGAAUUUGGUUAAGAAACGCUCUUCAUGGGCAUCAGGCUUCCGGACGAGGCGGCUUUGCCUUAGUGGUCACGCGUGCUUGAAGACCCUUCUCUCAGCCCAGAACUCCUCAUCAGAAGUUAGGGGAAGACCAGCAGCUGCAUUUCCAAGCUGGGAAAGUGAGAGGGAAUCAGACAAUACAGGGUGGCGUUUCCAGAGCUGUAGCAAAGCUUUCACAGAGCUGAGAUUUCUAGAAAUGUCCUUCAUCUCUAAAACAAGAGGCUUAGACCUGAGCUCCUGAGUGAUGCUGAUUCUUAGCCCUCUUUCAGGAAGGAAGAGGGCGAGAAGACUUUGAAGCACAGAGCCCCUUCCUCUUAUUCCAGCCAUAGCUUACCCCAUCAUUAGAGCAAGCUCAGUGCUUUUGAGCUCCACUCCCCACACUUCUGCUGGUGGGGCUAAGGAAAGGAGACAAUGAGUGGCCCAGAGCUGAGUGAGGGCGGCCGCCGGCCUUCUAGACCUUCUUCCUCUCCUGUAAGUUCCCAUUGACCCAGCAUUCAACCAGGAUCCCUAACUGGAGAAGAAUUAGGCUACAAAAUGAAGCCUUGCCAUGAAAAUUGAAGUUUCUCAUGAAACAUCCACGUCCAUUGUGUUGCAGUCUUAUGUUCCAAGGAAAACAAGGAGAUGAAAGUUUUCCAUGAAGAAUGUAUUUGGGAAGCAAAUACUGAGUGAAGUCUUACUUCCUGGGUGUCUUGAGUGAAGGGGGAUUGGAGGGGAUGGGGGUGGAGAAGGAAAUAAGAGGGAGCUGCAGGAACAGGGGCUGACAAAGCAAGCAGCAAAGAUCUCAGCGGCCUCACUCACCCACACCCCCCUGCCGCUGUCCCUCACCCUCACCUGCAGGCCCUAGCAGCUGAGGUUUAUCCCAUCAGGAGGAAUGAGAGCCGUGAGUUGUUCUUUUGCCCUUUAACCAACCGAAAGCGGAAGAUGAGGGGCCAGCGAUCACAACACCCACAGAUGAGCCUGCCAUCCAGAGGGACCCCAGAGCAUUCCCACACCUGGCUCCAGGCUAGCUCCUUGGGUUGUUAACUUCCCUAUAAAAAGAUUGCUUUUUCUCAUUUUCUGGAUUCUUUGUGCACUUUUCUAAACAAUAAACUCUUUGGUAUGCAGAGGCAAUACGGAGUACAGCAUUGGAUCCCCACCUCUGGACCAGCUAGCUCUACAUUCCACUGACAGCAUUUGGGAAUAUCCAGUAAGCCAGAAUGUACCUUAAAAAGAAUAUCUAGCACCCUCUUUUCUCUGGUUUGGGGGAGGAGUUGAAGGGAAAGGCAUGGGGGGGGUGGUUACCUUGCAAAAUGUAUUACCUUUUGCCCAAAGAAAUGUACACCCAGUAUUCCAAGUUGGUGACUCCUUGUGAAUAUUGCUGCACUGUUGUAACACCCCUUGGGACUGUUGAUAAUGCCAUGAAAUUGGGAAGGGGACCAGGGUGGGGUGUAUUUUUCAGCAAUGGCCUAUUUUUAAACAACUGUUCAAAGUGGGGGGGGGGGUUUAAGGUUAAAAAAGAAAAUGAAAUGCAUUUUAUUCUAGUUAGUGGACCCUCGGUAUUGCACUUUUUUCACCGUUUAAUACCUUUUCUUAUAUUAUCCUGUGAUUUUGGACCUGAAACAUUGUAUAUCUUCUAGAGUGAGAGUUAAACUGUGGGAUGGCAGCUUUCUUAGAGCAAUUUGGAACAAACAUGUAUAUUGAUUUAUUAAUCUGAUGUAGGAGAAGCUGAAGGACUAUGGAGAAUUCUUCCUUUCUGUACACACUUUUUUCUUUCUUUUUCUUUUUUUCUUUCUUUUUUUUAGGGGGGUGCUUUUCUGUAGUAUAUGCUGUAUAGUCUGGCUUUUUUUUUAAAUCAUGUUUAUUAUUUAGUAUUGGAAAUCCAAUACACUUUUUUUAUCCAAUCAA